AAGAAAGAAAAGACGUGCAAGAAAUGUUAGCUUUUCUAUCCAUAAAAUAGAAAACAAAAGCAGAGAAGAUUUUGAAAAUAAACAUAGAUUUUUCUUUUCUUUUUGGAUAAAGUUAUAGAGAGAAACAUCAUAUAAAAUAAAAAAAAGUGUGAGAAAAAUGAGUUAGCACAUAUGCAUGGGAGACUGGCCGGAGAUUCGCCAAAAAGAUGGACGCAUGUCACCGGAGGAAAGUUCAUCGACAAAUAUUUAACCACAGGUUAAGUCUUCUUUUUUCAAGCCUUGAAAAUUAUUAAUAAAACUAUAAUAUACGUAACCUUUCAUCACUUAUUGCAUACCAUGGCUUGGGUUUCGGCUACAAUAAUUGGGUUACUGCUUCUUCUUCUUCUUCUUCUUCUUUCAAAUUACCUCUUUGAAAUAUGGCUAUUCAAGAAUAAGAGUAAGGGCAAGAAAUUACCUCCUGGCCCGAAAGGGUUUCCCAUUUUUGGCAGUCUCAGUUUGCUCAAAGAGUUUCCUCAUAGAGAUCUUCAUCGCCUGUCUCAAAAAUAUGGUCCUAUUAUGCACAUCAAAUUGGGACUUGUAAACACGAUUGUUGUUUCUUCCCCACAAGCUGCUGAGCUUUUUCUCAAAACCCAUGAUCUUAUUUUUGCAAGUAGGCCUCUCACUAUGGUCUCUAAAUUCUUGUCUUAUGGCCAAAAGAAUUUGGUUUUUGCUCAAUAUGGAUCUUAUUGGAGGAAUGUACGUAAAAUGUGUACACUUGAAUUGCUUAGUAAUCACAAGAUCAAUUCUUUCAAAUCCAUGAGAAAGGAAGAGGUUGGGCUGUUGAUUGAGUAUCUCAAAGAGGCUGCAAGUGAUGGUGUUUCUAUUAAUAUUAGUUCAAAAGCUGCGUCACUCAUUACAGACAUGACUUGCUUGAUGGUUUUUGGGAGGAAAUUUGGCGAUGAAGAGUUGGAUGAUAGAGGUUUCAAGGCUAUGAUGCAAGAGGUGAUGCAAUUAAUUGCUGCUCCUAAUUUGGGAGAUUUUAUUCCCUUUAUCGAAAGAUUUGAUCUUCAAGGCCUGAAUCGUCGGAUGAUAAAUGUUAGCAAAGUGUUUGAUGGGUUCUUUGAGAGGAUUAUUGAUGAACAUCUCAAGUCUAUGGGCGAAAAGAAGACAAAAGACUUUCUAGAUGUCAUGUUGGAUCUAAUGAAUACUGAAUGUCUUAGUUAUGAGUACCGAAUUGAUCGAUCCAACGUCAAAGCAAUAAUACUAGAUAUGCUUGGUGCUGCAAUGGACACAUCAGCCACAGUAAUUGGGUGGGCACUACCUGAGCUCAUAAGACAUCCACAGGUAAUGAAGAAAGUGAAAGAUGAACUUGAAAAUGUGGUGGGCUUAGAUACAAUUGUGGAAGAAUCACAUUUAAUUCACUUGCAAUAUUUAGACAUGGUCAUUAAGGAGAUUCUUAGGCUCUAUCCUCCCGUUCCAUUGUUAGUUCCACACGAAUCUCUUCAAGAUUGCGUUGUUGAUGGUUUUUUCAUUCCAAGAAAGUCUCGUGUAAUAGUAAAUGCAUGGGCAAUUGGACGAGAUCCAACUGCUUGGAUUCAUCCACUAAAGUUUCAUCCAGAGAGAUUCAUGGAUAGCCAAUUGGAUGUAAAAGGAAGAGAUUUUCAGUUAAUUCCAUUUGGAGCUGGUAGAAGAGGGUGUCCAGGAAUUCAUUUGGGUUUGACUGUAGUUCGUUUGGUAUUGGCUCAACUUCUACAUUGCUUUGAUUGGAAGCUCCUUGGUGGUAUGUCAAUAGAUGAAUUGGAUAUGACCGAAAAUUUUGGUUUGACUUGUCCUAGAGCUCAAGAUCUUAUUCUCAUUCCUGUUUAUCGACUUCAUAUUUGAAUUUAAUUAUUCUUCUCUCAUGUCAAUUUGAAAGUUUAAUAAUAUGUAAAAGAAUCAUAGUCGUUCAAUAAAAUAUCACGUGUACCAUGUAAUGAUUGGUUAACUUAAUCCCAAAUUUUGAGUUUAAAUUUCAAA